AAAAAAAAAUCGAUGUUGUUGCGCGCAAACACACAGAGAGAGAGAAAAAAAAAAAUAUGAAAAAUUUUUGUCGAUAAAUUUUCCACUUUCCACUUUUCAUCAUCAUCAAAAAAAAAAUUUAGUUUUUUUUUCUACUCAGUGCCAAGCAAAAGCAACAACCAUUAUUGAAGCAUUGACCAUCAUCAAAGGUCAUCAUAUCAUCACCCAAAAUGUUGUUGAGAGUCAAACAUUUGAAUUGAAAAACAAAAAUCGAAUGUGGAAUGUGUCGAAGUUCAAAUCUCUUGUGUGUAUGUGUGUGUGUGUUGUAAAUAGCCGCCAUAUAGUCGUAAUAGUCUCGUUUGUUUCAUCACCAACAAACAACACCCAUAUAUAAUCAUCGAAUAAAAGCCAAAAUUGACCGACGAUCAAAUAAAUGGUUAGCGCUUAUCAUCAUCAUCAUCAUGAUGAUUAUGGGUCUUUGAGGUGGUGGUGGUUAUAGUUGUUUUAUUCGAUUUGUCUGUAUCUCUCUACAUGUCUUGAAAACAAGGUGAUGAAUGGGACCAUGAACCUUCCAAAUAAGAAAAAAACCCUCCCAUCAUUGAAGGACAACAACAAUCGUCGUCGCCACCAGCACCAGCGCCACUACCACUAUCAGUAUUCCAUUUUCGAAAUAAAGAAUUUUUAUUCACAAAAAAAUGAAAAUGAAAAUUGAAAACCUCGAAACUCGUAAGUCGUAAAAUGAAUAAAGAUAACGCAAAACUGAGCCUGUUGUUGCUUUCAUUUUAGGCUUCAACAAGAAAAAAAAAAUGGUUUCGACCUUCUCGUCGUUGUUUAUGGUCAAUCAAUGGUUGAUUCAUUCGUGUGUGUGUGUGUGUGUCUGCGUGUGUUUAGUUGAAUUGAAGCAACAAGUAAACCCGUAAAGAAGAAAACAGAACAGGCCAAUAUUUUGUUGCUGGGCAAGCUUAGCAAGCUUCUACUUUGCCGGGAUAUUUUUUUUUGUUUUGUUUUUGUUUUGUUUCUUUCUUUGGAAUUCAAAGAAGAAAAAAAAUUGUAGUAGUGGUUUUGGUAUGAUAUACAAAUACACAAAUAUCUCAACCAUUCAACCGACCAAUAAUGUGCCCCUAUUUUUUACGAUGAUGAUGAUGAUGAUGAAAAAGGAUCAAUUCAUUGAAAAUUCCAAACACAAGCCACCAGAAGAUUUUCUUCUUUUUUUUUUGAAAAAAAGAAUGUUCUUUCCAUCAGAAUAUCACAAAUCCAUAUGUGUCGGUUAUAUAACAUCAAGCAUUUUGUAAACAAAUCAUCAUCAUCGAAUCAUUUAUUUCGAAUGUGUGUGUGUUUAGAUGGAAAACAAAAAUUUACUAUUUUCUUCGAUUAUUUCCAUCUGUUUUUUUUUUUUGUUGUGUUUCUGUGUUUCUGGUCGAUUUGAAUAUACUGUAUUUGUUUGUUGAUCAUCAUCAUCACCAUCAUCCAAUUUCAACAAAACAGAAAGAUUCGAUCUAUAUACUCCACUUUCAUUUUUCAUUUCUAUGUUGUUUAACAAGCAAGUUCAUCAUCAUGAUUUUGAAGUCGAAAAAUUCCACAAACGUUCAUUUUGUUAAAAUGCCGGCUUUCUUUUGCCAAUGAUUCAAUGGUGUUUGUGUGUGUGUGUGUGUGUAUUACCUACAAGAAAAAGAACUGGCAAAAUCAAUAGAAUCGAAUCGAUGCCAAUUUAUUUUAAUGAACACAAUUUUUUUCUGAUUUGAUUGUGUUUCCAUGGUUCUACGUUGAUGAUGAUGAUGAUCAUUUUCAUUCAUUGAAAUUUAUCGUUUUGUUUUUGUUUUAUUUUGAUUUACUACUACCGAAAAUAAAUAUAUUGUGUGUGUGUCACAUCACACAUAUCAUUGUUAUGUAUGUCAAUCAUUGAAUGUCAAUCAAAUGCAAACAAAACAUAAAUACAAAUCAUGUCUUAUCAUCAUCAUCAUAUGGAUAAUAAUGUCAUCAUCUUGAUGUUUGUUUACAUUUUUAUAUCAACAUUGUCAACUGUAAAAUCAACAACGACGACGACGACGACGACAAGUUUGCAAAAUAAUAAAUUCUUUCUAUUAAAUGACGAUGGUGGCGGUGGUGGUAAAAGACAUCCGCAUCAUCAUGAUGAUCAAAGAUUACAAUUUAUUGUUGAACCAGAAACAAUAUGGGCUGCUUCAGCUGAUGGUCGACGAAUUACAUUCAAAUGUCAAGUAUCACCAUCCGAUGCACAUAUUAGAUGGUUAUUAAAUGGAACAAUACUAACAGAAAAUGAUGGUGAUGAUAAUUUUGAUUGGAUUAAAAUUAGUGAAAAUAAACUAUCAAUCAAAUUACAAAAAUCCAAUAAUAAUGAUUUACCAUCAUCAUCAUCAUCAUCAUCGAUUGAUUCACAACAACAGCAAAGGCAACGAUCACAAAUGAUGAUGAUGAUGACCAAUCUUCAAGGUGCUGUAUUCCAAUGUCUUGCUGAAUGGAAUAACCAGGUUAUUGUUAGCCAACCAGCUAAAUUAAUUAUUGCUGAAUUAAUGCCAUUUGACCAGGAUCAAGAAUCGAUAAUCAAUAUGACAGCUAUUGCUGGUAAUAAUGUCAUUAUACCAUGUAAUCUACCGCAUUCAAUACCGUUAGCUGUAGCGGAAUUUGAAUUUAAUCAUAAUGUAACGAUAACUGCAAAUAAUAUCAGCCAUGAUCGAUAUAGAAUAUUACCAUCCGGACAGCUAUUAAUACAAAAUGUUCGUCCAUUCGAUUCUGGUGUAUAUCGUUGUAUUGCACAUAAUCCAUUUUUACAAGAAAAAAUGUAUGCAAAUCAUUUUGUUCAAUUGAAAGUGAUGAAACCAAAACAUUCACCAAAUGAAUUGAAACCUUUACGGUUUAUGUUACAACCAAAAACACAAAUGACCGUUAUACUUGGAUCGAAUAUAACAUUCGAAUGUGUUGCACAUGGUUAUCCAAUACCGAAAAUUAUAUGGACCAAAAUUGAUGGCAAUGGUGAACUGCCCAAACAACGAACAUUCAUCACCAAUGGUGUGAUGGUCAUUACAACCGUACAAAAACAAGACGAAGGCAUUUAUUCAUGUAGUGCUUCGAAUUCUAAAUCAUCAUUGGAAGCAAAUACUGAAUUAAAAGUAUAUGAAAUGCCUGAAAUCAUCCAAGAUGAAUAUGAAACAAUUGAAAUGGAAUCCGGUCAAAAUUAUGACCUCCAUUGUGAUGCACGUGGUGAACCAAAACCAUUAAUCAGUUGGUUACAUAAUGGUUAUUUUAUUGAUUCACAAAUAACGAAUGAUGUUUUCUUUGAACAAGAUGGUUCACUAUUGAAAAUAAUUGGUGCCAGCCCACAAUUACAUCAAGGGAUUUAUCAAUGUUUUGCUACAAAUGAAUUGGGUACUACUUAUGCCAUUAAAGUGAUUCAAUUCAAAUCAUUGAAUAAUUAUCAUCAUCAUCAUCAUAAUCAACAAGUUUCAAGUACCCAUCAUCAUCAUCGAUUUGUUGAUAGCCAUCUGAAUGAAAAUAAUCCAUCCAUUAAUCCAUCCAUUACGGAUGGUUAUGAACAACCGGAUUUUCUUGAUAAUACAAAUUAUCGACCAAAUGAUAAUGAUGAUGAUGAUAAUGGUCAAGGAGGUCAGGGUGAAGAAUCAAAAAAUAAAGAUUUGAAAUUAAUACCACCAUCAAGACCGGAAAUAUCAAAAUUAAAUGAUGAUUCUGUUAUGGUUAGAUGGCAUGUACCGAAAUCAACUGGAUUACCGAUACAAUUUUUUAAAGUUCAAUACAAAGAAUUGGGACAUGGUGAUUGGAACACAGUGGACAUUGAUAUACCGGCACAUAUUUUUUCAUAUCCAGUUUGUUGUUUGAAUCCAAAUUCAACAUAUCGAUUUCGUAUAGCAGCCGUAUAUUCAAAUGAUGAUAAUAAAAAUGGUAAAAGUUCCAAUAAAUUUGUAUUUCAAAAAGAUCCCCAAAUGAAACGUCCGACGAUGCCACCAACAAUAUUGAAUGCAACAUCAAUAUCGCCGGAAGAAAUCGUGGUUCAAUGGGAACAUUUGAAUAUUGAUCAACAGCCUGUGGAUGGUUUUUUCAUCAAUUAUCGUGCUACUGAUUCUGCUGGCCAAUAUCUAAUGGUCACUUCUGUAGGUGCCACAAGCCGUAGUCAAAAUAUACCGCAUUUAAAACCAAAUACAGCUUAUGAAAUUAAAAUGCAAUGUUUCAACGAUGCUGGUACUUCGGAUUUUUCCAAUAUUUAUACAGUGAAGACAAUAGCAUCAUCAUCGUUGACAAAAGAUUCGAAAGAUGAAAUUUUGAAUGAACGGCCAAGAUUACUACCACCAUCUACCAAUGGAAUUGAUGAUAAUAACAAAACCAAUGAUGAUGAUUAUGGUGAUUUUGUUUUCGGUAUAAAAAUGAUGAAACCUAAAUGGCUAACACGUGAUCAAUAUUGGCUUGCCAUCGUUAUCAUUAUCAUUACCAUGGCAUUAUUCAUUAUUUCCUGUUCAAUAAUUUGUUGUUUACGACAAAAAUCAUCUAAAAAUUCUGGUGCUACUAAUACUGCAUGCAAUACAACGACAACAAUGGAUGGAACCAAAUUGAAAUUGGAAAAUAAUUCCAAUCACAAUCAUCAUCCUCAUCAUAAUUAUUUUACUGCCAUCAAUGGUUUAUUGCAAGAACAAAAUCGACGUCUUUCAGCAACCAAACCAUCAUCAGUUUCUGUUAUAGCAAAUGGCCACAAUCACCAUAAUAGUACGGCAUCUGGUUUAUUGAUGUUAAAAUCUGUUGGUAAUGGUUCACAGCAUAAUAUAAACAAUAAUAAUAAAAAUCAUCAUCAUCAUCAUCAAUCAACAGAUGAUGAUGAAACGACAACAGAUUCUGCUUGUUCAAUAAUGAAUCGACGAAAUUCAUUUCGUAAUUCUACGGCCUUAAGUUAUUCAUCAAAUCAUUUGCUGUAUAAUAAUUCAAAUGAUCAAAAACAUGUGGAUAACAAAAAUCAUCAUCAUACUGAACAGCAGCAACAGAAUAACCACCAAACAGCUACAAUUGAUCGUAAAAGGCCAUUGAAAAAUUCGAUACCCGGAUCAUAUUUAUUAGAGCCAUCGAUACCACCGUCAUCAUCACCAUCGACAUUAUCAUCAUCGAAUAAUAAUCAUAAUAAUGAUAAUGGUGGUGUCAUCACACGAAAUCAACAUCAUCAUCAUCAUAGUAGUUUUACACGUUUAAAUGGUACAUUAGAAAGAAAACGUCGAAGUCGUCAUGAUUUAACUACAGCCAUAUUAAUGAAUGGUAAUGGUAAUGGUGUGGGACAAUUUUAUAAUAGCCGAACAAAUAUAUCAUCGAAUGGUGGUGGUUCAACAAUCGAUAUGUACAAUUCAAGUCAUCAUCAUCGCCAACAGCAGCAGCAGCAACAACAACAACAACAGUAUUCGAAUGGAAAUAAUUCCAGCUAUUUUCAUUCAAAUGGUGGUGGAAAUAAUUUUGUGAUAAUGCAAAGUUCAUGCUGAAAAAAAGACAUAACAUCAGCCAUCGAUGGACAAAUAGUUGUGUUUGAUUUCAUUUUUUUUUCAAAUUCUUCAAUAAUAUUCUGCCAUUUCUUUCUUUCAUUUCUCUGUUUUUUUUU